GCUGUGGAUGAAAACAAAAGCAGAAGAUAGUUUAUAGAAGUGUGCUGUGCUUGUGCUAACAGUGAAAAGACACGAGAUGGCGACAGUGCAGCACAGGCCCGACGAUGACAGCGUUAGCAACGACCCCUGGCUGCUGCUGCCUGUGGGUGACACAGUCCUCACAACAUCUCCGGCAAGGUGUCAGAUGUUUGUCUUUACCGUUCGGCCACCCUUUUCAGCCGCUUGAAGAAGGGCUUGUUCCAAAAGGUGGCACUGACCCUCAAACUCAAAGGUCAAGCAUUGUUUGGGUGGAGCUCAAUGGAUCAUGAUCAGUUUGAGAGGGAGGGUAGAGCUAUGUCACAGGUUCAGGGGGGCAGGGUGGACCUCUGUGAUAACUUACCCAACUCUGAAGCCCUCACUGCUCAAACCCGAAACCUCAAUGAGACAAACACGCUCACGCAAACUCAAAGUGUCUCUCCUUCACAAAAUGGGGAUGAGGGAAGGUGUGGUUCCAUCCAAAAAAUCGCUCUUAACAACAAUGGGAAGGAAGAGGAAAUGGGACUGGGAAAGGAGGGAUGCAUAGGAAGAAACCAAGAGAAGGAAGAGGAAGAUGAUAUUGAUGAAGCAAUGAAGGAAGCCGAUGACGAGGAGGAAUCGGAGGAGUCAAGCUGUUUAAAUCGCUGCCAGUCUCCAGACACUCCCAUGACAGACUCCUCAUAUUCAGAAACUGGGAGCCUGUUGGAGAAUCCUUAUCCUUUUAGUCCUGGAACCAGUCCAGAGCCUACAUCCCCAGUCAUUCCAGCAGGCAGUCCAGAAACCGUAUAUCCCAUCGGUUCAGUGGAAUUGAUCCAGAGUGAUGCUGAAAUGGACACUUGUAUGUCAAAAACUGGAUCAGGUGCCUAUUCCACAGCGUCUAUCACCUGCAUACAUGGAUCUACUUUCAGUAUGGGGCCGAUGGAUUGUACAUCGCAAACUUUAACCUCAGGCACUGAGCCUACAUCUGUCACAGAAACUACUAAAAGAAUAGCAAAAAAUACUAACUUAACUAGAGAACAACUUACCUCAUCCACGGAGCCUGCCUUAAACUGUGGGCCAAAAGGUGCUAGAGGGUCUACCAGUUCACAUGCAGGAUAUAACGCCUCAGCUACAGAGACAUUUACGUUAACUGAAUUAGCAAAGUUUAACACUUCCACUGCCUCAUCCGCUGUGAGUGCAUCCCAAGAGCCCCUCAACUUCACCAUGGGGAUUACAACUACUGGAACAGACUCCACCUCCACCACAGGACUUUCAUUAUCAAAUCAGGAAUACAUUACCUCCACUCCAGUGACCACUUGUUUCUCAGUUCCCGCCUGCGCCUCAGGGUCUAUUCCAGGCUCUGCUCAGUUGGAGUCCCUUGAGCAGUUGGCACAAAGAGGAGAUGACAUCCACCUUCCACAGUCCCUUCACCAGAUUGCUGAGGCCUUUGUCCUUCAUGGAGAUUACCAGCGGGCGUUAUGGUGCAUCCAGCUAGAGAGAGACUAUCACCAGAGAGUAUUGGAUAACCUGAAUGCACUUCAGCAGCAGUGGGAGAGUCUGUUUAAAUCGACGCCCUCUGACCUGACAGCUCAACAUCUGGACAGUCUUAAACACAUUUGCCAGACACACAAUCGACCAAGGACUAGAGAUGCUGAGUGCGCUUCUCUGAACUUCGUGAAAGCUGAAUUUGAAGAAGUUGGUGCUCUGCAUUCAUGUACGUCAGACCAUCAGGUUGAAGGAGGGAUGGAGCAAAGAGCCGAAGACACCUCUUGUUCAGUCAUGCCCUCCGUUAAUUUGACUGAUGGUCUCAAUUCCCCUGAGAUCUCUGGCAAGGACAGGGAACACCCAUCAAGGGAGUCAGAGGGGAGAAAUGGUUUCCAUGGAUCUCAGCUCACUGAUGAGCAAGGCAACGACAGAGAGGGAAGAGAGGCAGAAGGAGGGGUAGGAUGCACCAUUUCAGGAAACGGGUUGCACCCCUCUACAACUGAAGAGUUGGAUCAGUCCAAGCCUGCAGAGCAGCAGGGACAAGAUUUAGGUCCAGCACAGGAAACAGAGGCAGAAGAGCAAGAAGAGGGGGGCGACGUGGAAGAGGCAACGGAGGCUUUGGAAAUGGAAGAUGAGGGAGAGGAGGAAGAAGGGGAAGAGAAGAAGAAGGAAGGGGUGUCCUCCUUGAGUCAGAAAACUCUCCCAGUAGAGACUGUGUGCAGCGGGGCAGAGGUGGAGAUACAGCAGCUGUAUCAGUAUGCCCGAGCUCAGGAGAGGCUACAUGUGGAGACGCAGGAGAGCACUAAAGCCUCCCUGCACCAGGAGGUAACCCUUCCUCACGAGGCUCACAUGAAGCAGCAGGAACCACAUGCAGAGAUGAAGGAAGUGGAAGAGGAGGAGGACUAUGAUCCAGACCAAGCUGACAUCAUUAGAGAAGCUCCCUCUUUGGAUGCAAUGGCAAAACUCAUCACUGUAGAGGAGGUAUCACCCGCCUCUGGCCUUGUCUCCAUAUUAAAGAAGCGAAAGGUCUGCAUAGAUGACGUGAGUGCUUCUUCUAGCUCAGACCCUCCACCUGAGAAACCCACUGCCAAACGACGUGUCCGCUUUAAAGUUCCUGAUGACCACUAUGAGCCUGAUGUUGGCAGUGGCGACUCCUGCCUGCUUCUCUUCCUGCUUUGCCUGGUUACUGUUUUUAUCAGUGUGGGGGGCACCGCCCUUUACUGUGCUUUGGGCGAUGCCCAAUCCUCGGUCUGUCAGGACUUCUCCAGAAAUGCAGACUUCUACAUUAACCAGAUACAGCGUGGGAUAGCUCGGAUCCAACACUGGUUUACUCCUGGGUCAUAGCAGAAAAUGUGGAGCCACUGACCUUAGUGUUUGUCACUGUAGGUUCACUGUAGUCUCUGCUACUUCCUGGAACAAUGUUUUUGUGGUCAUGGUGCCAGGCAGUCACUACAGUUCCUGGUGUUAUCUGGGGAAAGUGACUGUUAUUGUCUGAACAUCUAUAUCAGAUACAGCUGGCGUUUCUAAGCCUGCUCCACUGCAUUUUUAAUGCUCUGUGACUACAGAGUUCACUCAGUCAUAGGUCGAAUGUCUCUUUAAAACACUAGAUUGAAAAGGUGAUCAGACAGAGAGAGACUGCAAAAUAAAGUUGUCAGUUUUAUAUCUGAACAGAAAAAUAACUGAACUGCAGCCCUUCACAAUAUUUUCCAGAUUAAAUAUGUACUAAUUUAUCAAGCUAAAAAUUAAAUUGCAGAGAGCUAGAAUACUUCCAUUUAAAAAAUUGCUGACAGAUAAUCAACCAUGAUACCGACAUGAUGGAUACAAACUUGCUCACACUGCUCUCCCAAAAUCAGUUCCCUGAGACACGCAAGACAUGUAAAUGUAAAUAUUACAUACACACACAUGCAGUUUGUUAACUAGGGAGCACACAGGUGCCCUUGACACGCUGCACAAAUGGGAAGAGGCCCAGUGGGUAUUUUUAAUAACAUUGCAACCACUGCUGUUGCUUUUAUUCUUUUAUUGUUUCUUUCUUUCUUUUUUUAAAUUUUAACAAGAACAAAUUUUUCUGUGGUCUCCUACUUGGAAUGAAAUCUUUGUCUUAAUUAUGUCUUAAAGUUUUGAAUGAAUGUAUAGAUAUUAAUGUUAGACCUGUGAGGCAUUUGAAUAUUGUCAGAAAAUAUGCUGAGAGGAAGGGGUAUUUUGGUAUUUGUCAUAACUGAGCUGCUAAUGGGAAACAGUCACAUCAACUAUGUUCUCUUGGGAAAAUAGCAUAAAUCCGUCAAAAAAUGACCCUCCUGACCCCCUCCGACCCCCCUCACAUGUCCUUUUUAUUGCAAUGACUUUAGUGUAUUUAAAUGAAGGGUAAGCAAAAUGUUUGCCUUCAUGCUAUGAAUGAAAAAUGUAGAUAUCUCCUUUACUAAUGAAGUUGUGAGGGCUGAAAAUGGUGGGGAAAUAAAACAAAUAAAUUUGAACCCAUCUCUGUUUUUCAAGCACCUGUAACUUGGAAUAUAUUCUAAGUUUAGAGGUAAAAUUUUGAAUGCCUUUAUCAAAUAUGCUAAAGCUAUUAUAAUUGAAAACCUGAAGGUGUUAGUUGGUUUUUUUCAUGGAUUGAGUCCUGCAUCUUUGUUAGCUGUGCAGCUUUCUUUUUCUCCCUGUACAUAUUUGAUGUGAUUGUCCUGCUGCCACCCUCUUCUGUGUAACUACCAACAGCAGGUUAACAGUGAGCAGACAUCAGUUUACGGACUUAAUUAAGGUAGAUCUGUCACUGUGUAGCACAUGUACAGAAACACAGUUGUUGAAACAUAUUGAAACAUACAGAAACAUAUUGUUGAAUGGAUAUCUAACUUGUUGCACAUAAGAUCGGUACAAUUUUUUUUUUUUUAAAGAUAUUGCAAUAUUUCUACAGGCAUUAUUCUCUCAGUUCUAAAUGCAGACUUAACUUGAUUUAAUAAAACAAAAUAUCCACUAAAUACUUGCACAGACCACUUGAACAGAAAACACUCGACUGCUAAGUGGGUGUGGAAAUAUUUAAGUAAACAAGGAGACCUUUUAUAAUUAUGUGGAAAACAAUAAUUGCUCAGUGUAUGUAAUUUGUUCAGGCCUUGGUUUUGAUGGGAUCAUAUGAAGCACUGUCUGCCUGUGUGUUUUUAGGGAUUCUGGGCAUCACGCUCUGUUAUGUUUUUUCAGUGUUCUUUUUUUCUAUUUUCCAAAAUAACUUUUAACUACUCUCAGUCUUCCGUAAUAGUCCACUAGAUAACAUUUUUGCCAUUUCAGUUGAUGACUUUUGAGUCCUGGUUUGACAUGGAGAGAAAUUUGUGUAUGAAACCAACCCUUUAUUCUCACACCAGUGCUUUAACUCUUAUGUUCUGCUCAUUGUAAAACACAUUGUAGUCUUACUGAAAUCAGUUUUACAGCUUAAUCUCAAUUUUGCCUUGUUAUUUUAAUGUGUACAUGCAAUGUUUGGUGUUUUGUUUAUUGGUUGUUUUUCUUUUUGGUUAUUGUAGUAGUGGAUGCCAUAAAAGUUCUGGAAAAACCACAUAUCCUAAAGUCUUUCCAGGAAGUGAAGAAAGCAAAUCUCUGUUAAAGGCGGACAAUUCAAAGUCUUACCUUACCUAUGCAUCCCUAAUAGACAAAACAAUAUUCUCUGUCUUUUAUGUCACUGACAAAACCCUGAUGAUUGAUUUUUAAGGAUAUGGGGAUAUUUUUCCAGGACAUAGGGAGUAGCAGACUCACUCUUGUUUUUAUUUGCACAUGUCAUCUGGCUGGUUCAGAUGAUGAUGAUCACUCAGAAAAUCAUCCUAUUUAAUCUUUCAGAUGAGUUUAAUUAUUUAUAAUUAAAAUAAAAUUAGGGAUUUCAUGUGUAAGUGGCUAAGAGAAACAAAUGCAUCUUUUUCCCCUCCAUGUUGUCAGCUUGCAUCAGAUCACAUGAUCUGACAGAAAAAUGUAUUCCCAAAUGCUUCUGAACACCAUCAUCUAGGCUGACGAUUGUUUCUGUUUUUAUUAUUUUGCCCCGCAGUUUGUGCUACUGCUGUCAAUAUCACCUUUUUGAUGUAACAAUUGGUAACAGACGUUUCAUCUGUAAGCAUGAUAUGAAUAAUCAUGUCUUUUUUCCCCUGUUGUUUUUACAGAAAAAUCUUAUAAAACAGAUGAAUGAAAUUCCACAGUUCUGUGCAUGAAUUUUGUCCCACUUAAAAACACUUUUAUGGAU